UUUCUUGGGCGGAAAAAAUAAAAGGCUCUCUUUUAAAUCCUCCUCCCCCAUAGAUCUAUCAUUCAUCGCCAUUCUCCUCCUCCUUCUUCUUCUUCUUCUUCUUCUUCUUCUUCACUGCCACACUUUCGUUUCCCGUUGACAAAGGAUUUAAUAUUAAAAAAGAUGGCAGCUACAAGCUUCUCUGGUUUAGAAGGACAGAGAGAUGAACACAAUUCUGACAUGGAGGAAGACAUGGAUCUAACAGAAGAUGAUUUCAGAAAUGUCUCUGGCCAGUUUUCAAGGGAUACAUCGAUAGCAGAGGAUAAGGAUGCUGUCACUGUCAGUGCUGAAACCGUGAAAGUGGAUGUUAGUUCUAAAAGUGGUGUUAAAAGAGCCAGAACAAUCUCUGAAGAAAAUCAACCUUCAGUUCAUGUUACUUAUAAACACUUAACAAGAGCUAGCAAGCAGAAGCUAGAAAUUUUAUUACAGCAAUGGUCAGAAUGGGAAGCAGAACAAACUUCUCUUCUUUGCCAAUCUGAUCAGGAUCAAGAACCAGCACUGGAAUCUGGUGAGGACACUUAUUUUCCUGCUUUGCGUGUGGGAUUGCAGAAGACAUCAUCUGUGUCAUUUUGGUUCGACUGCAAAACUGGUCAGGAUUCUUUAAAGGAGUUUGUUCCAGUGGAAAGCAGCACUACUCCUCUCUAUAACCGGAAAUUCGCAAUUGGUUUAGAUUCAACCGUUGGCUCAAGUAACGUGGAAGGAGGCUUGGAGAUUAUUGAUGAUGAUCCUCCACGUUGCUUCAACUGUGGCGCGUACAGUCAUUCAAUGAGAGAAUGUCCAAAGCCUUUUGAUCGAUCAGCGGUUAACAUUGCACGGAGACAGCAUAAAAGCAAAAGAAAUCAAAGUUCUCGUCUAAUACCGUCUCGGUAUUAUAAGAGCGCUCAAGGUGGAAAAUAUGAUGGCUUGAAGCCUGGCUCACUUGAUCCUGAGACUCGUCAGCUUCUUGGUCUUGGGGAACUGGACCCUCCUCCUUGGCUUCACAGGAUGCGAGAGAUUGGAUAUCCACCGGGAUAUUUAGCUGUGGAAGAGGAUCAUCUCUCUGGAAUCACUAUAUUUGAUGAGGAAGAGACUAAACCACCAGAAGAAGAAGAAAAAGAAGAAGGAGAGGUAAAGGCUGAGGACGGUGAGAUAUUGGAAGUAGCCGCAAGCUCUUCAGAGCCGCCGCAAAUGAAAAUGACAGUUGAGUUUCCUGGUAUUAACGCGCCUAUCCCGGAGAACGCAGAUGUGUGGUUAUGGCAACAGAGGAAGAACACAGGGCAUGGUUACAAUCAUGAUCAGCAUUACAGAGGCGUAAUGGGACCUCCAGGUGUUGAACUUUCUUCUAGUUAUCCUCCAAGGUACGGUGGCAUUAGAUAUGAUCACGGGUUUGGUUCAAUAGCAAGAAGCCCUGGCUCGGAAUCAGAAAGAAGUUGAAAACGUGACAGAACAAUUAGGCAGAUGAGAUAGAGAAGGUAAGCAGAACUCUUAUCAGAAUGGGUUAUCACGCGUCUUCCUCCGGGGAAGAAACCAAAAAAAGAUCCUAAGGAGUUUAUCAUUGUUGUAGCUCUCUCUGCUUUUUACAUAUCGUCUUUUCGUGCGCAAUUCUGUGCAGAGCUUGAAGUACCUACUUUGUUAAAAAUGUCUGCGAGUCUCAUGUCAUGGUUACUCACUCCUAUAUGGUUUUCUGACCUUUAUUUGAUGGCAUUUAAUAUCUUUUGACUUUGUUAUCACUUCUGGAUUUUAGUUUCCAGUUUCGACCAACUGCUGUUUUGACAUGCAAAGACAUAAAAAUUGGGUCUAGUUGAACAAGUUUAGCUGUUUUGCUUUAUCUUCUUGUGUCCGUUAAAACUUAUAACAUUAUCUUUGUAGCUCCAUGCACACCAGCUGAUAGGAAAUGCUAUAAUUAGGAAACUUAUCACAGACUGAAUAAUCUUCAAAAUUUUCAUUUUCAGAAUUGUUAACACUCUACAAGAAUGGCACAUCAAUACUGAAAGUCUUCACAUCAGAAUCUCAAUAUCGCAUCACCUCCAAAUUUUAAAGACUAGAACAGCCAUAUAGAGGAUUAACAACAUAUUCAUCGUCUCGAGACAAAUCAGACACUUAUGUAAAACCAAACACCUGCGUACAUUAUCUGAAAAUCUCUCGAGAUCAUUUGUGACACUAACAAAACUUGAGAUUCUUCCGCAUCCUUUAUAAAGAGAGCGCCAUCGUUUAGACAAAAUACUGGUGGCUAUGACAUUUUUGUUGGAAUGAAAGACAAUAUCUGAAGAAGCAGAUCCUCGGGUAGCUCACUGAUCCUGUCCUUAUUUUGCGGUGAAGUUUCAGUUGCAGUUUUAUCUUCAUGUUGUGGUGGUUGCAGUGAGCUCUCGUCAGUUUGGUUGUUAAGGUUUGUAUCAGUAUUGGGUUUCAAUUGAUGGGGCUUGAUUGUAAGAAGGUUUAUGGUGGGCUUCUAUCUAGGCGUAAAGUGGCCAGAGAGUUCAAGCGUAUCCAAAGGUUGUCUGGAAGCUAUCUUUCUUGUCGGGUUAUGAAAUCUUGGUUCUUGGGUCCAAGUGAGGGAUGGUAUUGUCUGGUAGGUCAUAGGCGGCAACAAUAGAUUCGGAUUGAGAAGAUGUAGUGUUUUGGGUUCUAGAAGUGGAUGGUUUUGUUUGGCUGGUCGAGGACGGUAUCAAGAUAUCCUUUCUUUUUUAACAAUGGACAGUAUCAAAAUAUCCAGUUCACUGCUUUCUGCUAUUUAUAAGGUUUAUUGCACUGAAUUAUCCUAUGGUUUGUGUAAUUUCGUUGAUGGUUUAAUUUGUUGUGCAUUUAGUUGCGAUUUAUGGUUCUAUUUCUUGUUUAUGUUUUGGUCGUAAAUUGUCCGAUUUAUGGGUUCUAGUCGCAUGUUUUUAGGUUUUUGUUUCUCGAGGUUUUAUGUUAUCCAUCUGCCUUUGUAUCAAACUUUUUGUAUUUCAUCUUGGAAUGAAUAUUUUUGAAUUAUCAACAAUUUAUUUUUUUAUUUGAUUUUCAAACAGUAAUAAAUGACAUUAUACACAAUCUAAAUUAUAUGUAGAAAUCUAAAACAACAACUAACUAAAUGAAAAUAGCAGAAGUAAUCAAGAUUUAAACAUGGUCGAAUUUAGAGAAUUAGAUGCAAUCUAAUAUAUCCAAAGAAUAACCAAACCGAUUUUACAUUAUAUUUUUAAACACGCAUGUCUAAUUUUUUUUUUUUUU